GUGUGUGUGUGUGAGAGAGAGUGUGUAAGUGUGUGUGUGUGAGAGAGAGUGUGUAAGUGUGUGUGUGUGUGAGAGAGAGUGUGUAAGUGUGUGUGUGUGUGAGAGAGAGUGUGUAAGUGUGUGUGUGUGAGAGAGAGUGUGUAAGUGUGUGUGUGUGAGAGAGAGUGUGUAAGUGUGUGUGUGUGAGAGAGAAGAUGCCUCUUGCGCAGUUCGCAGAUCCGUGGCAGAAACCGCAGCUCCGUCUUCUGGAGAAUGAAGUGAUUGAUGACACCAUGGGGGAGGAGGAGACUCCACUUACUGAUGAAUGUCCAGUGAAGGAGAUCACAAUCACACAUCUGGUGAAGGAAGGAUCAGAGAGAGCAGAACCGAAACACUUCGAUCUCUGCAAAGUCCUCGGGCAGGGAUCAUUUGGCAAGGUUUUCCUUGUGAGAAAGGUAACAGGGCCUGAUGCAGGACAGCUCUACGCCAUGAAGGUCCUUAAAAAAGCCACACUGAAAGUGAGAGAUCGUGUAAGGACAAAAAUGGAGCGUGACAUCCUGGUGGAGGUGAAUCACCCUUUUAUCGUCAAACUGCAUUAUGCCUUUCAGACGGAGGGGAAACUCUAUUUAAUCCUGGACUUUCUGAGAGGAGGAGAUUUAUUCACACGCCUUUCUAAAGAGGUAAUGUUCACUGAGGAGGAUGUGAAGUUCUAUCUCGCUGAAUUAGCUUUGGCUCUGGAUCAUUUACAUGGCCUGGGGAUCAUCUACAGAGACCUCAAACCUGAGAAUAUUCUUCUGGAUGACCAAGGUCAUAUAAAACUCACUGAUUUUGGCCUCAGUAAGGAGUCUAUAGAUCAUGAAAAUAAGGCAUACUCAUUUUGCGGAACUGUGGAGUACAUGGCGCCCGAGGUGGUGAAUCGCAGAGGCCACUCCCACAGCGCCGACUGGUGGUCGUACGGUGUGUUAAUGUUUGAGAUGUUGACUGGAAUGCUGCCAUUUCAGGGUAAAGAUCGUAAAGACACCAUGACGAUGAUACUAAAGGCGAAGUUGGGGAUGCCGCCGUAUCUAAGUUCUGAUGCUCAGUCUCUUCUGCGCAACCUGUUUAAAAGAAAUCCUGGAAAUCGACUUGGGGCUGGACCUGAUGGAGUUGAGGAGAUCAAAAGACAUUCGUUCUUUGCUACCAUUGACUGGAAUAAACUUUUCCGCAGAGAGUUAAAGCCACCCUUUAAACCAGCGAUUGGUCGACCAGAUGACACCAUUUACUUUGAUGCUGAGUUCACCGCCAAAACUCCGCGAGACUCCCCUGGUGUGCCACCCAGUGCGAAUGCUCAUCAGCUCUUUAGAGGGUUUAGUUUUGUAGCAGUUGGAGCUGAAGAGCUGAAUGAACCUCCGAUACAGACCAAUACUAACAUUAGCACUGUGCUGCAGCAUCGCAGCACAUUAGUGUUCAGUGAUGUGUAUGAUGUGAAGGAGGACAUCGGUGUCGGCUCAUACUCCAUCUGCAAACGCUGCAUACACAAGAGCACAGGCAUGGAGUAUGCAGUGAAGAUUAUCAAUAAAGAGAAGAGAGACCCUGCAGAGGAGGUGGAGAUUCUACUGAGAUACGGACAACACCCUAACAUCAUCACACUCAAAGAUGUGUAUAAUGAUGGACGCUCAGUGUUUUUGGUCACUGAGCUGAUGAAAGGCGGUGAGCUGCUCGAUAAAAUCCUUCGUCAGAAGUUUUUCUCAGAGCGUGAGGCCAGUGCUGUCUUACACACCAUCACCAAGACUGUGGACUAUCUGCAUACACAGGGGGUGGUGCACAGAGAUCUAAAGCCCAGUAACAUACUUUACGUGGAUGAGUCGGGGAAUCCUGAGUCCAUCCGGAUCUGUGACUUCGGGUUCGCUAAACAACUGAGAGCUGAGAACGGCCUGCUGAUGACCCCAUGUUACACUGCUAACUUUGUUGCUCCUGAGGUGUUGAAAAAGCAGGGCUAUGAUGAGGCAUGUGAUAUCUGGAGUCUGGGUGUGCUGCUCUACACCAUGCUCACAGGGUUCACUCCAUUUGCUAACGGUCCUGAUGACACGCCUGAUGAAAUCCUGUCUCGCAUCGGCAGUGGAAAGUUUUCUCUCACAGGAGGCUACUGGAACUCUGUAUCCAAUGAGGCAAAGGACUUGGUGUCUAAGAUGCUUCAUGUUGAUCCUCAUAAGCGACUGACGGCGUCUCAGGUGCUGUGUCACCCCUGGAUCAUCCACAAAGACCGGCUUCCUAAAUUUCAGCUCAACCGCCAUGAAGCGCCGCAACUUGUUAAAGAAGCGAUGGCUGCUACGUACUCUGCUCUGAACAGAAACGUGUCUCCGAUGUUGGAUCCUGUCGGUUGCUCCACGCUAGCACAACGUCGUGGCCUCAAAAAGCUAACCUCAACCGCUCUCUGACCUCUGAACUUUUGACCCCUCAGCAUAAAUCCAAAUCCUUACUGAAUUGUGAUUCUGCAGGAAACUUUGCGUUUUAUUAGAGAUCAGCGCUUUUAAUCUGUUUCUAUGGCGAUUCUUUUUAUUGGGAGCAAGAAAUAACAUUCGAAAGUGUGUUUGUGAUCAGAUCUUACUUUUACACUCUUACUGUUUUUUUUGUUUGUAUGUUUCAGGAAAAAAUAGUGUGAGUGUGUGUGAGUGUGUGUGAGUGUGUGUGAGUGUGUGUGAGUGUGUGUGAGUGUGUGUGAGUGUGUGUG